AUGCUGGCCCUCGCAGGGCUGGGCGUCGCACGGCCGGCACGGACGCUCCUGCAGGAGGACAUGGACGAGUUUGUUCGCGUGCGAGGGACACAGUUCGUGGUUGGGUGCAAGACGUGGUACGCGUCGGGCUGGAACCAGUGGGAGGCCAUGGAGGCAGGAGCGGGGGCCCUGGAGCUGUUUGGCGCCUCCCUCCCCAAUAAAACCACUGGACCCCAGCUUGUGCGGGACGUGCUGGACCGCGCCCAGGCCAAGGGUGUGAACGUGGUGCGGGCCUGGGCCCAGGCCGUGACCCCCAACUACGCGCUGGAGACCGCCCCCGGGCAGUACAACGAGGCCGUGUUCCAGGGCCUGGACUACCUGCUGGACGAGGCGAGGCAGCGCGGCAUCCGCCUCCUCCUGGUCCUGCUGGACAAUUGGCAGCCGGGGGGCGCCGACACGCUGGCCAACUGGGCGGGGUCGAACGUGCACGAGGACUUCUUCAGCAACGCGGACGCCAAGCGGCUGUACCAGGCGCGGGCGGAGGCAAUCGUCACGCGCGUCAAUGCCAUUAACGGGCGCAGCUACUCGGAGGACCCCACCAUCUUCGCCUGGGACCUUAUCAACGAGCCGCGGUGCUACCGCUGCGGUGCCACCACCGCCGCCUGGGCCUCGGAGAUGGCGGCGUACGUGAAGUCGCUGGACGGCAACCACCUGGUGACGAUCGGAGAGGAGGGGUUCUACCCGGCCGGCCAGGCGGCCUCCGCCGCCAACCCCCAGGGCCUGCAGUCCUGGGCGUUUGAGGAGGGCCAGGACUUUUAUGCCGACCACAACGACCCCAACAUCGACUUCACGGCCAUCCACCUCUGGCCCGACAACUGGCUGGACAAGACCACGGACUUUGUGGAGCGCUGGAUCGCCCAGCACAUUCAGCAGGCCGCCUCCCUGGGCAAGCCCAUGCUGCUGGAGGAGUUUGGCGUGUACCGGUCAAGUGGGGCCGACACGAUGCGGGACCAGUACUACAAGCUCAUCUAUGACCUCAUCCAAAAGGACGCCGAGUCAGGCGGACCCUCAGGCGGCGCGCUCUUCUUCCAGUACUAUGCUCCCGGCCAGCAGGCUCCCUCGGAGGAGGGUGGCGGUAUCACCGGCGUCUUUGGCGUCGUGGAGGCCGACAACACCUUCCCCAUCAUCGACGCCUUCACCGCCAGCAUGGCGCAGCUGACUGGCAAGAGCGUGAGCCAGUGCUCCGCCACGUCCGGAGUAUCUGUCACCGCCGUGCGUGACUGCUCCUACACGCAAGUCAACGGGCGACCGGGCACAGGGUAUGAGGGCCCCGCCUGCGACGUGGACAUCAACGAGUGCGUGCGUGGCACGUCAGGCUGCGCGAUCACUGGGGCCGCCUGCACCAACUCGGCGGGCGGGUACACCUGCGCAUGCACGCUGGGCUACGCCGGGGACGGCUUCUCCUGCAACCCCACGCCCACCCUGGACCAGCUGCAGCUAAACUACACCACCCAGGGCGCCGCGCAGCUGGCCUGCGACGAGGGGCAGGACGUGAAGUACCCCACCGGGGUCCCGGGCUUUGCUUACGACCCGACGGGGGGCCUGUCCAGGGCGGAUGGGGCCUCCGAUGCCAUGGUGAGCUCCGGGUCUUCCAUCUCGGUGCAGCCGGUGGACUGCAUGGCGGCCUGCAAUGAGGCGCCCGGCUGCACGGCCUUUUCCUACAAUCCGUCUCUCCAAAAGUGCUUCCUGAAGACGGGGUCGUCGUACAACACCUGCCAGAUCGACCUGGGCCGGAGCCCGCCCAGCCUCUGGACACCUGACGAGCCAUCUCUGGCCAAGGCAGCAUCAGAAACCGCUGAGGCGGUGUGCAAGCUCCUAGGAGAAGCGGCCCUUGCGGUGUUGACAGAUAAGGCUGGCGAGAGCAUCUGCGAGAUGCUCCUCCUCAUGUCUCAGCUUGGGCUGGUGGAGAUGAAGGGGAAGGGCGAAAAGAUGGAGAGGCUGGCCCAGAGCCUGGCCCCGCACUUCAUCCCAGUGUGCACAGAUCUCUUCGCAAAGUCCACGACAAGCAGUGGCAGUCGCCUGCACCGCAGCAUUGCUUCUACCCUGCUGGACUACGUGUUUGGUAAUCGUGCGGCCAUCUCUGUAUUUGGAAAAGAGAAGAGCAGGCUUUCAGCCCUCUAUGAGACUGCCUUGGGUGACAUCAGCGACGCCUCAACGCAGGUGGAUGGGACUAAGAAGGGUUGA